AUGCCUUACAUGAACGCCAGCGCCAGUGUUGUUGUGAGCGGGCUGUCGGGUCGUGUGAACAGUCAGAAGCUGAGGGAACAUUUCGAGUCUGCGCACCGUAACUCCAGGAUACUACAACUUGUCACGUUUUCAAAAAUCGGAGCUGCGCUGGUAGAGUUCCUGACGCCAGAAGACGCCGCCGACGUGCUGGCAAACGAGGCAUUGCUGCAGGUGAGAGGGCUGUCAGCCAUGCUUCUUCAGGAUGGAAACAAGAGAUCCUUGUCGGGAGGAAGAUGCGCCGGUGCCUUACAUAAUUUCCUCCGGUCACUGCCUGGUCUGCGUAGGCACACUAGAGAAUCAGGUAGCUUCCAGGUGUCAAUCGGAAACUUGGCUGAACCCGACAUGGAUCCAGACGCGUGCCUCGUUGUGAGUGGGUUUCCGGAUGAAGAGAGCUCCUGGCCAUUUUCUUUUUGGACGAAACGACUGGUCGAGUUUCUGGAAAUAGGAACUGCUCUGAUCGAGUUCUCUUCGCCAAAGCACGCUGCCGAGAUUCUCGCAAACGAGAGUAGACUGCUGGAAGAGACAGGGCUGCAAGUGACAAAACUGGAGCCCCUGCUGUGUCCCAAAGAGGACGAGACACCCUCACAGAUACAGUUGUCUCAGCUUCAGCGACAACUCAAGACCGCCAAGCAGAAUCUGAACAGCAAAGAAGAGCAACUCCAACAGGUGACGACGGUAAAUGAAAGCCUACAAGCUGCACUCAGACGUGAGAGAGAAGCCCAGAAAAUCUCAAUCAACCUGAGUCGGAGGCUGGAACAGGAAAACAGUCAACUAAAGAACCAGGCAGAGGCUGACAAGAGGAAAAUUGAAGGACUGGAGAAUCAGCUGCAGAUCUCUUCGUCCACCGAAAUCAGCAGUCUGUACGAGAUGAACUCUGACCCCCGCGGGGUGGCCGUCAUCAUCAACAACAUCCGGUUUGAGGACAUGGCGGACCGGGAAGGGGCUGAGGGGGACACAGAUCGCCUUCGAGAAGUCUUCGAAAGCCUUGGCUUCACCGUCCUGACCUUCAUCGACCUUGACCACGCCAAGAUGGUGGCCGCUUUGAAGGAGCAGGGCAAGGCCGACCACUCCAACCAUGACUGCUUCGUCUGCUGCAUCAUGUCGCACGGCACCAUGGGAAAGGUCUUCUCCUCCGAUGACGUAGGCUUAGAUAUCUGUGAGCUCAUGAAGCCCGUCAAUGCUAAGAAAUGUCCGUCUCUCAAAGGGAAACCAAAGCUGUUCUUUAUCCAGGCUUGUCAGGGGGAGAAAACUCAGGGUAGGGAGAGCUUCGAUGGCGACCAUGACGCCAAACCUGUGCCCUUUAUCUGCCACGAAGCCGACUUCUUCCUGGGUCUGGCCACGGUGCCGGGCUAUGUGGCCUUGAGGGACCCGGACGGGGCCCCUUACGUGAAACAUUUGGCAAAAAUACUGAGAGAUUUCGGCCCAACGCACGAUCUGUCUGCCAUAAUGGCCAUGGUGUGCGACAAAAUGAACGAAGUCGAUGCUGAAAAGUGUGGGUGGAUCUCGUCCAACCACAGCACUUUGCGCAAAAACCUCAUCUUCAAACCAAAGUGAUUCACUUUUGGUUAAAAGCGAACGGCGUGGCUUUGGUUUCUCUUUCGGCAUCCUGUUUGGUAUAACGAAAUGAGAUGAGACACAGAUAUCUAUGACUAUUUGUAUGGCCACACCCAUUUUGUAGCUGCAAAUUCUGAUAGAAAUUUCACAUAGAAUGUAAACACAUGGAGUGUCUGAAAAUUGCAGUGUGUUUUGCAGUGAUGAAACAAGUUAUAAAUUGUUGACCAGUUCUGUUUAUACAUUGUUAAUGCUUUCUUCUUAUAUGAUGUGUCACAGGGAUAUCAAUUAUCAAGUAUUGUAUCAACAGGUAAUAGAUUUGUGUUUGGCACUUUUUCAUCAAUGUUAAAGUAUGAAAAUGUUCAAUGCAAUCAAUCAUCCAUCAAUUUGUGUAAACAGUUCUUCAUUUAGUAUUCAAAAUGACAGAAAAAAGAAUAGGCCUUGAUCCUAUGAAAACUACAAGGCAUCCAAUAGAUUUGAUUGUCACCCUAUGUACUAGCAUGAAGCGCUGUAUAAGCCCAAAUGUACAUUUGCAGCAAUGUACAGUUCAGUGAAUUUUAAAUUGUACAACUUAAAUUUUCGAUGUUUUCAUUAGCUUUUCAAACAACUCUCUAGCUUUUCAUUAGCUUUUCAGACAACUCCUGAAAAUCAAUGAUGUAAUAAAUUUUUCUGUGUAUUACUGCUGUUUUGUCAGAUUGCAGCAUUUCUAGUUGUCAAAUUCAGCUGGUCUGAUCCUAGAUUUUGUGCAGACUUUAAUAACAUGUAAAGGUACAUCAUAUAGAUCUUCUCGGAAGGUCUUUGAAGAAUAUCUAUUUUCAUAUGUACCUGAGACUGUAAAGAUUUGUGAAUGUUAACAUUUAUCUGAACAUUUUAGGACACAAGCUUUGUAGAACGUCAAUGAAGUAAACCCUUCUUCCACCUAAUAUGCAUUUUAGCUUUGUUACAUGUAAUCAGUUUGCAGGCAAUAAACAUAUUCCU